AAUGAACCAACGGCCCAUAUAUAUUAAUCAAAAAGUUAUUUAUUUAUUCCUUUUUAAUUUUACUUUUGUUCAAGCUUGUUAUUGACAGUAGGGUUGAAGCAGCAGAUAAACGCCACCACUCUAUUGUCUCUCUUGCAAGCCCCUAACUCUCACUUCAUCUCUCAAGUCUCAAUCUUCUCAUUUUUUUUCUCUAACGAUUCUCGUUUUUCUUCUAAAAUUUUCUAAUUUUCUUCAACAAUGGGAGCUUCGUUGCCUCCGAAGGAAGCUAACCUCUUCAAACUCAUUGUCAAAUCACAUGAAACUAAACAGUACAAGAAAGGACUGAAGGCUGCAGAUGCAAUACUGAAAAAGUUUCCUGACCAUGGAGAAACAUUGUCAAUGAAGGGGUUAACCUUAAAUUGCAUGGAUCGGAAAACUGAAGCUUAUGAGCUUGUUCGGCUAGGUGUAAAGAAUGAUGUAAAAAGUCAUGUUUGCUGGCACGUUUAUGGUCUCCUCUAUCGGUCAGAUAGAGAAUACAGGGAGGCUAUCAAAUGCUAUCGCAACGCCUUGAGAAUAGAUCCAGACAACAUUGAAAUACUACGGGACUUGUCACUCUUGCAGGCACAAAUGCGAGAUUUGACAGGAUUUGUUGAUACAAGACAACAACUUUUGCAUUUGAAACCAAAUCAUCGCAUGAACUGGAUUGGCUUUGCUGUAGCCCACCAUUUAAACUCAAAUGGUGCAAAAGCAGUUGAAAUUUUGGAAGCAUUUGAAGGGACAUUAGAAGAUGAUUAUCCACCAGAUAAUGAACGUUAUGAGCAUGGUGAAAUGCUUUUAUAUAAGAUCUCUUUGCUAGAGGAAUCCGGGUUUCUUGAGAGAGCACUAGAGGAAUUGUACAAGAAAGAGCCAAAAAUAGUUGAUAAAUUGACUUAUAAAGAACAAGAGGUUUCUCUCCUGGUGAAACUUGGACGCCUAGAAGAAGGUGCCAAUAUUUACAAGGCUUUACUUACCAUGAACCCUGACAAUUACAGAUAUUAUGAAGGCUUGCAGAAAUGCUUUGGCCUGUAUUCUGAAAAUGGCAAGUAUUCCUCUGAUGAAGUUGAUCGAUUGGAUGCAUUAUACAAAUCACUUUCACAACAGUACACUUGGUCUUCUGCAGUUAAGAGGAUACCUCUUGAUUUUCUCCAAGGAGACAAAUUUCGUGAAGCAACAUUUAAUUACAUUAAGCCUUUUCUAACAAAGGGGGUUCCAUCUUUAUUCUCAGACCUUUCUCCCUUGUAUGAUCACCUUGGAAAGGCAGACAUAUUGGAACAACUUAUUCUUGGGUUGGAGCAUUCAAUUAGGGCCACCAGCAGAUACCCUGAUAGGACAGAGAAAGAGCCCCCUUCAACACUUUUAUGGAUUUUAUUCUUUUUGGCUCAGCAUUAUGAUAGAGAAGGCCAAUAUGAUGUUGCUCUUUCAAAAAUUAAUGAGGCCAUAGAGCACACACCAACUGUAAUUGAUUUAUACACUGUCAAGAGUCGGAUACUGAAACAUGCCGGUGAUUUGGUAGCUGCGGCUUCAUUCGCAGAUGAAGCUAGGUGUAUGGAUCUCGCAGACCGCUAUAUAAACAGUGAAUCUGUGAAGCGAAUGUUGCAGGCUGAUCAGUAUUACUGUACGGUUCACAAACCUUUUCCACUCUUGAAGGUGGCUUUGGCAGAAAAAACUGCUGUUUUGUUCACAAAAGAUGGGGACCAGCACAACAACCUUCAUGACAUGCAGUGCAUGUGGUAUGAACUUGCUUCUGGUGAAAGUUACUUUCGACAAGGUGAUCUUGGACAGGCCCUGAAGAAAUUUUUAGCUGUGGAGAAGCACUAUGCUGAUAUUACUGAAGAUCAAUUUGAUUUCCAUUCUUAUUGUUUGCGGAAAAUGACACUCCGUGCAUAUGUUGAAAUGCUAAAAUUUCAAGAUCGGUUGCAUUCACAUGCUUACUUUCACAAAGCAGCAGCUGGUGCCAUCAGAUGCUAUCUAAAGUUGUUUGAUUCUCCUUUGAACUCACUGGCUGAAAAAGAGGACACAUCAAAGACUCCUUCUCAGAAAAAGAAAAUGAAGAAGCAGAGGAAGGCGGAACGAGCCAAGAAAGAGGCAGAGGAGAAAAAUGAAGAAUCAAGUUCUAGUGGCAUCUCUAGGUCUGGGAAAAGACAUGUUAAACCUGCAGAUCCAGAUCCUUUAGGAGAAAAAUUAUUGAAGACAGAGUAUCCCUUGUCAGAAGCAACAAAGUACUUGAAGUUGCUUCUGAAGAACUCACCUGAUUCUUUGGAGACGCACUUACUUUCUUUUGAAGUAAAUAUGAGAAAGCAGAAGAUUUUGCUUGCCUUUCAGGCUGUAAAGCAACUGCAAAGGCUGGAUGCUGAGAAUCCAGAUUCACAUCGCUGCUUGAUUAAAUUCUUCCAUAAAUUGGGCUCAAUGCCUGCUCCAUUAACUGCUGCUGAAAAACUUGUUUGGAGUGUCUUAGAAGCUGAGCGUCCAUCCAUCAGUCAAUUGCAGGAGAAAACUCUUAGUGAGGCAAACAAAGUUUUCCUUGGUAAACAUGAAGAAUCUUUGAUGCAUAUAGUGGCAGUUGCAGAAAUGUUAUAUACCUUGGAGCACACCAAGAAACUUGAGGCUGUUAAGUUAAUUGAAGAUUCAUGCAAUAAAGUCAUGCCAAUGAAUGGGGCACUUGGACGAGUACUGGAGUGGAAACUCAAGGACUGUAUUGCAGUCCAUAUACUCUUAGAAAAAGUUCUUAUUGACCAAGAUGCUGCUUUGAGGUGGAAAGUGAGAUGUGCGGAGUACUUCCCCUAUUCUACCUACUUUGAAGGUAGUCGUAGCUCUGCUGUGCAAAACUUGUUGAACAAUCAGGAUAGCAAAGCUGCUGUGAAUGGCGGUGCAAGCCAUCCUGAAAUCAGUCAAGGUGCAAAUUCCUUUAUAUCAAAUGGAAAGCUUGAGGCGUUUAAAAGCCUUACCAUUUCAAGAUGAUGCUACUUAAGCGCAUCAAAUGACACCAUAUCUCAAUGUGUUUGAAUGAUGGAUCACAUUAAUUGUACCCUAGAAAGAGUGCUUUGCAGCAGGCUGAAAAAAGGAGCACCUUGAAGUUGUGCAAGCCAUGACAAUGCUUUCUUCUGUUGCUUUGAGAUCAAAAUUUCCGCUGCCUUUCUAAUUAAUUGUGAAAUGCAUUCCUUUGCAAAAUGUGUAUAAGUUAUCCGCAUUUAUGAUUUUAGGGUUGAAUAUAUAUAUAUAUAUAUAUAUAUAUAUAUAUUAAUUUGCUCACCAUUUGGUUGAGGUUUUUGGAGAUAUCUGGCUCCAUGGUUUUGCCCCAAAAUUUGAGGCGCUAUAGAAAAUUUUUGGGUACUGAUGAAAUCUUCUGGUCAGCAUAGGAAGAACACUGUUUUAGAGCUAAUCUUUGCCUUUGGAGCAUGUUGUACUUCGCCCCUUUCAUUAGUUGCCAUUUAUACACUACAUAAUGUGGAAAAUUUUGCUACGGAGCUGACGAGAGUGGCUAUAAAAAAUUCCCAGUUUUGUUGUUCUAAGUCUCAUCU